AUGGGUUUCAACUCAUCACAAAAUAAUUUCAAAUUGCCAUCCUCUCACCUAGUGGGUAAUGUAAAAGUUGCUGAUAAGAGUUGGAGAAAUGCUCGAUCUCUUUCCGGACUUCAUGAUGGUGGACAAAAUGUAACAAAAUCACUCCUACGUUCCGAUAUUACUAUUGAGGAUAGUUCUUGUAUUUGUGUAAAUAAUCAACAAAAUUAUAUUGUACAGGCUGGUGUUGGAGGAAGAUUUCAAACUAUUAAAGUAAUUCAAAAAUCAAGGAGUGAUGCUAAACAAUUUACAAACACAACAACAGUUUUGGAUAAAAAGGAUUCACCAAUACCAAAUACUAAUAUAUUUUCACCACAAUUUAGUGGGAAAUUUCCUGGACCUAUUCACUGUAUGGAUAUGUUAAAUCAAUAUCUUCUUAUUGGAAGUUCUAAUGGAGAGUGUUAUGUAAAAACUAUGGAUGUUGCUAGUGAAAAGAAUAAUUGUCUUCUUGAUGAUUCUCCAAAUAGUAUUGUUAAAUGUCAGACAUUUUCUCAUUCAAAAUUAAAGAAAUCAGAUCAAUCAUCUAUUCUCACAACUCCUUCUCCAGAACAAUACACAUUCAGCACUAAAAUUAAUAAUGUACAAAUAGAAAGAUCAGAAAAUCCAAAGAAUUUUCACACAUUGGAAAAUAAUAGACUUCACAUUUGGUCUUUUGAAAAGGAUGAUGCUCCAAUCCAAACUAUUCAAGGCUCUAGAAGUCCUUUAUGGUGCAGUUCAUGGUCUAGUUUUAACUCUAAUUUAAUUCUCAUUGGUGGUGUCAGUAAAGCUGUCAAGUUGAUAGAUACAAGAAGUAUGGGAAUUGCAAAUGCCAACAUCCAAUUUUCUCAUUGUGAUGCAAUUACUGAUGUACAGUGGAGUCCUCUUCUUCCUUACUGGUUUGCCAGCUGCUCAACUGAUGGACUCAUUUAUGUGUGGGAUCAAAGAUAUGCUGCAGAACCAAUUAAAAUUUUGGAAGGACAUAACAAUGUAGUCAAGAAGAUAUCUUGGUCUCGUUCACAUGUUGAAGUUCUCGCCAGUGGUGGUGUAGAUCAUUCUGUAAAGUUGUGGAGUUUAAGAACAGAGCCUCAUCAUGUUCUGACAACAUUAGAUAAGGGCUUCUUUAGUGAUUCAAUUUUAGGUCUUAGCUUUUCAAAUGUAACACCAAAUCAAUUGUUUGCCAACUCUGCUAGUGGUGAAUUAUUGGCCAUAUCAGUGGGCUCUCAAGUAUUAGAUCCACUUGUACAACAUAGAUUCUUUGAAGAAGGAUCAGAAUCUAGUGGAAAGAAAGAUAGCGAAAAAGACAAUAUUGAAAAUGUUGAAACAAAUAUUUUCCAUAGAAAUUUGACACAAGCUUUCAGUGAUGUGGAGCAAAUUGCUACCAAACUUAAAAAUCAAAACAAACUCGAGAAGGCUCUCAAAUUGCUCGAACUCUGUAAACCAAAAAUUAAUACAGGAACUGAAAAGGCAAACACCAAUCCAAAGGCAAGAUUUAAGAAAGAACUUGAAGAUUACUCUUACCAUAUUCCACCAAACUUUUCACUUGCUAAAAAGCCAGACGAGAAGAGAAUUGAUGACUUGAUUUUGAAUUGUAAAAUAUUGAGAUUUGUACAAAGAAAAGAAUUUAGUGAAAUAGUUUCUUUAGAAAGCAAGUUGUUAGAAUUGUUAAAGUCUGAUACUCAAAGAAUAGAACUUGGUACCAUUAGAGAUGUUAUCAAACUUUACCUUGCACAUGAUUACAAGAAGGGAAUGUCACUUGCUAUUGAAAUUGCUUAUAUUCUUAAAGAUCAAUUUGAAGAAUAUCAAAAGAUUGUCAAGGAAAUUAUCAAUCCAUCCAUAUACGAAGUAUCUCACAAUCAAUCUCUGAGAGAAAGUGGCUACAGAAGUUUAGCUAAAGCUUUCCAAAAUCAAGAGUACAUAAUCGAACAAUUGAAAUUGCAAAAAGAUGUUAUUGGAGCUUUGUGGGGAUAUUCAGAUAGCUCCAAGAUGAUUAUCAACUAUGUAGGAGAUACCUAUCUUGACAUCAUUUCUGCCUCGGUUUUGAGAACCUAUCUUAAUGCUCUUCUGUGCCAGCAACAGUAUGACAAGUUUUUCAUUGUCUGUACAAAAUUACUCCAAAAAAUUCAAGCAAUACCGAGCUAUAUGACUGGCGUUUUGGAGCUUGCACUUCAAAAAAUCUAUGACAUUUAUGAGUUUUCAUUUGCUCAACUUGUGGAUUCGGCACAAAAACCACUAGCUAAGAAAUUUGCAGAAGAGUUACUUAAAAGGUUCGAGUUGAGAAAAUUGGCUGCCAAAUCAGACGAUUUAACAGAAAUACAAGAAAAGGUGGCUGACCUUGUCCCAAUAUUGGAAAAUGUUUACAAUGAAGAAUAA